AUGAGCCCUAAAAAGCUCAAUUAUACAGGGGGUGACAAUCUGCCGUUGUAUGCAACUCCCGAACAGGCUAUGAGAGAGGGUCAAAGACGAGAAGAGCUUGAGAGAAGAAGGCGACAGAAAAAGCAUGAACAAACUCAGGGAAGGUCGUCAAGUCAGCCGCAGUUGGUGUCGCAUUAUCCACAACCAGCCAUGAUACCGAUGCAAAACGCACAGAUACAAUAUGUGCCAGUACACGCGCAACCGCCACAACGACAACCGCUACCAAUGCAGGCAAUGCCGCCGCAGCAGUACGUUCCCAUGAACAUGGUACCGCCGCAGGUACGAUCUGAUUCUUACUUAGCCCACGACAAGCAAUCCACCCCGCCGCUUUCAUAUUCGCCAAACAUGAACUCCACUGCGCCUGCCAGGAGAUCGCCACCCCAGCGGAAACCGCCCGUUAUGCUUGCAUCGGUACCACCCGUCAGCAGCAGUCCCGCGACGCCUGGAAAUCGGGAUUUUUCUCGAAGCUCCGUCAACAGCGUCGAUGCGGGACAACAGAACACUCAGGACAUUCAAAUCGCAGCGCAGUUAUUCAGCAAUCAUGAUAUCAAGAACAUGGGGCGUUUGACGGCGGGUGAAUUACAAAAUUUAUUGCAAAACGACGACAAUACUCAUUUCUGCGUCUCUGCCGUGGAAGCGCUGAUCAAUCUAUUUGGUGCCUCGAGGUUUGGAACUGUCAAUCUCAACGAGUUUACCUCUCUGUACAAGCGUGUGAAAAAGUGGAGAAAAGUGUAUGUGGAUAACGACAUUAACGGAAGUUUUACCAUCUCUGCCAGCGAAUAUCAUAACUGUUUGCAAGAACUGGGUUACUUGGUACCUUACGAGGUCAGCGAGAGCUUGUUUGACCAAUACGGCGAAUUUAUUGAGCCUGAAAAUCACGUACGAGAGCUCAAAUUUGAUAAGUUUGUCGAAUCUCUCGUGUGGUUGAUGAGACUAACAAAAGUGUUCAGAAAACAUGAUGAAAAACAAGAGGGAGUUGCCACAAUACAAUACAAAGAUUUCAUAGACGUUGUGCUCUACCUGGGACGUUUCCUUCCUCGUUGA